AUGAGCUUUCUGGCGAAUUUCAUUCGGACUCUGGUCUCGGGUGAUAAAAUCCGAUGUCAGGAACGAGUGGGUUCCACAUAUUUUGAUUUGGAUUUAACCUAUAUUACGAAUAGAAUUAUUGCAAUGGCUAUUCCUGGUGAAGGCUUUAGCUCUAUCUAUAGAAAUCAUAUUGAAAGUGUUGCUCAAUUUUUCAAACAGAAACAUGCUGGACACUUUAUGAUUAUUAAUUUAUCGGAAAUACCUUAUGAUUAUGAAUUGUUUGAAAAGGGAGAAGGAGGUGGUAAAGUCAUUGAGAAGGGUUUUCCAGACCAUCAUAAUCCGCCUGUGGAGUAUUUAAUUGAAAUUUGUGAAGAGAUGGAUCGGUUUUUGAAGGAGGACCCAAACAAUGUGGUCUCUGUGCAUUGUUUGGCAGGAAGAGGAAGAACUGGUACUGUCAUUGCAUGCUACAUGACUUAUAGCGGCAUGUUCGAAUCUGGAACAGAAGCUUUAGAUUAUUUUGCAUCGAAACGAUCCACACGAGAACGUGGUGUUGCCCAGCCCAGUCAGCGCCGUUAUGUACAAUAUGUGAGCGAAUUGGUCUCCAUGUUUGGCCAAGACACCCUGAAUCUCAAAUCUCUUAUUAGCAACUACUUUAGAAAACGAGGAAAACAAAUUUUGAAGAGCAUCACCAUGUAUACAGUUCCAAAAUUUUCGCAAGAUGGUUGUUGUCCAGUCAUUGAAAUUUAUACAGCACCUACUCAGUUCAAUCCAAAGCAAUUACUCUUUUCAAGCACUGAUAAAAAUCCAUUACGAUAUUAUAGAGAAGAAGAUGGAGUGAUUGAAUUUGAUAUUGAUACAAUCUUGAGUGGAGACGUCUAUAUUCGAGGUUAUCACUACAGAGAAAAUAAGAAAUCAAAAUACAUGUUUCGUAUUUCAUUCCACGUAGGAAUGAUGCCCAACAAUGGAAUUUUACGAUUAACCAAGAUGGAAAUUGAUGAUGCUUUGAAAUCUAGUGCAUUUGAUAAUGACUUCUUCAUGGAUUUAACAUGGGAGAAGAUUCAAGGCAUCGAUGAAGACCAAGACGACAAAGAUGAAGAUUUAGCUCGACAAGAAGUACUGAAUGAAAACUUUACUCUUGACGAUUAA